UUGUCAUCACUAACCCCAUAGAGUAAAUAAAAUAUGGCCAAAACUUACAGAUUUUAACCAACAACAACAACAUGCUAGACAACGAUACAAGUAACAAUAAUAAUAACAACAAUUGGAAUCCCCAGAAAUUGUCAUUAAAUGAACUAAAAAUAACCCUCAAUGGCGAAGAUGGUGUUCGAAGUCACAUACCAGCUUUGGAUGAACAUUGGGUUAGACGGGAGAAACCAUUUAGUAGCUACCUCUGCCAAAUGGCUAGCUAUGGACGCCUUAAAUCUGGAGCCGCUCUCGAAGAGUGGACACAUAGAGCCAACAAUUGCAAAAAGGAUUUCGAAUUCCUACUUAGCCUAAAUCAACAUGAAUUCUGGUCAUAUAUGGUGUACGAAGAGUCAGCCAUGGCCGCUUUAGUCACAUUCCUGCAACGUGCCAAUCCAUUCUACAGAAGAGAAAGUACCAACGAUGAUUCAUCUCAAACUAAUACCCUUUAUGAGGAGCUUCUUAAUCUGGUAGUACGUAUAAUCUUACGGUUAUGUACAGCCCGGGAAUCGGCAACUGAAUGGAUGACCCAGCAGCAGCAUAGCGAUUUACUGUAUAGCAAUUAUUUAAUAUCCAUACCACUGCUCUUUGAUAUAAUCAUUGCCCUCGGUGAUGAAAAUCCACAAAAUUUUCAAUUGCUACGAGAGAUCUUUGCUGUGGUUCUUCAUUUGCCAGCGGAUUAUAUGAAGGAUUUGCGUGAAGGCUUGGCAUUCUAUGAGAAUGCAUUUCUUAGCAUGCAAAUCCAAGUAGAGAACGAGGGAUGCGAAGGAGCUGGUGGCGGAGCAUUUUUAGAUGCUGAUUCUACUGAAACACCAUACGAUGAUGUUGUGCUCUUCGCCUUGGAUUGCUCCCAUACGUUGCGCGUGCUGAUGUCUCUGAGCGGCGAAGUGAAGAAUUUGUUAGACAUCAUGGAGCAACUGCGUCUGGGACAGAGCAUUGCAAAUUUCUAUGAUCUGACUGUGCCAGUCCUGUAUAGAAACAUUUAUACGAUCAAUCCUCAGGCACCGUCUUUGCGAUGGUUAAACGAAGUGCGUCAACAAUUUCUUGCUGUGAUACGUGCAAUAGUUCAGGCUCAAUUGGAGGCAGGUCAUGGUCAACAAUUGGUCGAUUUGUUGCAGGAAUGCCUCUCGGCCCAAAGUUUUGUCGUGGACUAUCAACGUCAUUUUCCCAUCAAGGAGAAUAUCGAUUUAAUGCUUCGGCGAUGUCCCAACAUCAAAAACUACAAAGUGGAUUUUAUCUUAAGUGGCUAUGAGAAGGCUUUAAGCAAUUGUACAGCGGGCAUAAUGGCUGAUGAGUAUGACCAGGAUCAGGAUCAGGAGGAUGACGAUGACGACGACGAUGAUGGCUUUGAUGAGGAUGACGAUGAGGAAGGUGACAAUCAGCCGACAGAGAAUAAAACUAAUUCCAAUGACAGAGAUAUCGAUCUGGAGGUCACUGCAGUCCUGGAUGUUCUGCCUGAUCUAGGCAUGGGAUUCAUACGACGCAUUCUCUCUCGCUAUGAGAACAGUGAGCAGGCUAUAGCCGCCAUACUGGAUGACAAUCUGCCACCGGAUCUAGCUCACUCGGAUCGUCAGGAAAUCUAUGUGCCCCCCGAUCCACAGGAGCAGCUGCAGCGUCAAACCGGUGUCAAGCAUUACAAUGUUCAUGAUGGUGAUCGCUAUGACAUCCUUAGCCAGAAUCAGCCGCAAUGCAUCAUCAAGCAAGGCAAGGGACUACCCGGAGCGCCGCGUAAUGCCGAACAAUUGCUCGACGAUAAACGAGAUCUAAGCCAAUUGAAAUUACGCUAUCAGCAGUACACCCUGGUCGAGGAAACGACCGGGCCAGAUUCGUCAGCUGAGUAUGAUGAUGAAUACGAUGAUAGUUACGAGGCACUCAAUGCUGGGCAAGCUCCUCCAGUUACAUUGCUUAGAGCCAAAUUGCAGGCAGAUGCUUCUGCCGCCAACAGUGCGUAUGAGGCCCAAGAUGCUGAAGAGGAUGACAGCGGUGAUGAUCAAGGGGAGAGUUCCAACGAUGAUGAGGGUGCUUCACCGAAACCCCAAAAGCGGGGCAUGGAUUUCUGUGAGAAUCCAGAAAUAACUCGAGCUCGCUAUCAGCAACGACAAAUGGCCAAAUAUGGCCAAAGAGCUGGUGGCGGGGGCGGCGGAGGCGGUGGUCAACAAUCUUCGGUCGUUGGUGAUCGACCCAAGGGUCAGGGUCAAAGUCAACAGACCCAACGCAAUCGGAAUCAAAAAGAGGCAAACAAAUCAUCACGGGCCAAUCAUAAUCGCAAAGCUGGUGCAGCCUUUAAGCGUAGCAAAGGAAUGUUACCCUAAUCCUAAUCCCCUAAUCCCACAAACCAAUUGUAAAAAAAAAUUAUAAAUAUAAAUUGAAAGAAAUUAAACCUUAUUGGUUACACCUUGUUACUGAA